CUUGUUGCAACACAAUCACUAGAAACUCUUUUAAGUUGAAAAUUGAAAACCUCCUCUCACUACUAACUUACUUCAAUCUUUGCUACUUCCACAAAGGUCUUAGCAUCACAAAAUUCAAUUUUCUUAGUGUUUUAAAUUGAGGAUUUUAGAAGAAAACAAUGGACAAGUUUGUUCAACCAUAUGAUAAAGAAUGCAUGAAAAUGGCUAUGUUAAAGCAUGAAGAAACCUUCAAAGAGCAGGUAUAUGAACUUCAUAGAUUGUAUCAAAUCCAGAAGAUGCUAAUGAAGAACAUACAAAGCAGCAGAAAUAAUUACAAAGAAAACAUAUGCUUCAAUAAUUAUCAAGAACAGAAGAACAAGACUGAUUUGGAACAGUCUACAACAACAAUAGAUUAUGAUCAUGUUACACAAACAUUAAACAAUGAUCAAGAUUUUGAGGAAGACGAUUGCGAAAUCGAGCUCACUUUGGCCCCAACAAGUUUUAACCGGAGGAGGAGCAUGACUAAUAAGCCCGAAACAUCCGAUUCGGUAACGGGCCAUUCUUCGUCUUCAUCGGGGUCGAAUAAUAUAAAGAAGGUAGAGAUAGUUACAAGAGAAAAUUCAAGCUUUUUGAGUGGCAACAGGAAAACCAACACUUCUUCAGAUAGAUCACUCAAACAACCUCCAUGGAUGUAUCAAGUUCUAAGCUUAAACAUGACUUGAUAUUAAAAAAUAUAAGCAAAAAAAAAAAAAAGAAAAAGUUGAAAUCAAGAAAAUGAUCGGUAUAUUUAAGAGUUGAAUGCCAUUUUAGUCCGUAUGGUUUGGUUUAUUUUAUCAGUUUAGUACAAAGGUUUCAUUUUUUACCUGUGGGUCCAAAAAAGUUUCGCCGUUGCCACUUUAGUCCACUGGGUUAACUUCAUCCAUUUUUUGUUAACGAUAAGGGCAAUUCGGUCAUUUUAUAUGUAAGUCUGUUAACUAGAAGGGCAAUUCGGCCAUAUAAAUUGACCGAAUUGCCCUUCUCGUUAACACAAAAAAUGGAUGAAGUUAACCCAGUGGAAUAAAAUGGCAACGGUGAAACGUUUUUAGAUCUACAGAGUACGAAAAAUGAAAUCUUUGAAUUAAACUGCCAAAAUAGUCCAAAUCAUAAGGACUGAAAUAACAUUUAACUCUUUCAAGAUCUAUAAUUUCUAGGGUUUUACUUUUCUACUUAUGAACUUACUUGUUUGUUUGUGUGAUAAUAUUCUAGCUUUCUUUCUUUUUUUUUACUUUUCAAUGAGUUUUAGCUUUUAGAACUAAGAUUAAAAAUAUAUAUAUAUCUCUUGUUCAUCAUGCUACUAUAACUUGUAAACCUAGUGUAUUAAAACUUGUACAUUGACUUAUAAAUAUGGCCUUUUGCUAUGAUGGUUGUCUCUCUAA